GCGACGCUUCGGGCGGGUGGCGCCCUCCGGGUGCGGCCGACUGACCGACUGACCGAGCGCCAUGGCCUCCAGCGGGGUGGCCGGCGGGCGCCAGGCCGAGGAUGUCUUGCCGCCGCCCGCCGAGCCGCCGCUGCCCGAGACGAAGCCGCUGCCGCCGGCCCAGCCGCCGCCGGUCGCCGGGUCGCAGCCGCAGCAGCCGCCGGCGCCCAGGCCGCAGUCCCCCGCGGGCGUGAAGGAGGAGGAGAACUACUCCUUCCUGCCCCUGGUUCACAACAUCAUCAAGUGCAUGGACAAGGACAGCCCGGACGUCCAGCAGGACCUGAACGCCCUCAAGGCCAAGUUCCAGGAGAUGCGGAAGCGCGUGGGCACCAUGGCCGGCAUCCACCUGAGCCCCGAGCAGCAGCAGCAGCAGCUGCACAGCCUCCGGGAGCAAGUCAGGACCAAGAACGAGCUUCUGCAGAAGUACAAGAGCCUCUGCAUGUUCGAGAUCCCCAAGGACUAGAGGGGACAGGCCUCCGUGGCCCCCCACAGCCCCCUUGAGUGGCUCCUUUGUGCCCUGGCUCUGACCAUUGUCGCAGAGCGGGGUGGGGGCUUGGUGGAACCCAGCACUGACCCGUGUGGGUGUUGUGCUGGGCUUGCUUGCAUUUGUCCGUGUGUCUGGAUGCUCCCAGCUCCAGGGCCUGCUAGCGGGAGUGGGGCUGAGCCUGGAGGCUGCCCCUGCUCUGGGGAGGGGCCAUGUGCCACGUGUUCCGGUUGGAAGAGCCAGUGGGAGAGCCCCUGGGGUGACGGAUGCACCUGGGUGCCUAUGGCUCCCCUGAGCAGCUCCUGGCUCUGAGGCACGUGUGCUGCGCCUCGGGCGCCUCCUGCCCACACUCCCCCAGCCGGGAUUUCACCUGGCAGAAGCGCGGCGGCUGUGAGGAAGCGGGCCCUGUCCUGCAAGACCGAAGGGUGGCUUUUCCCCUGAUGCAGUCUGUCCGUUCAUGUUUGAGCAAGGGGGUGUCACUGUGCCAGUUGUGGGGGGAGGGAGGGCCCAGAGCCCCGCAAGGCUCCCUGCCACCCACCCCGUCUCGUCACCUUCGGCUCUCGCCUCCUUUAGCUCCUUGGGGCAGUCGUUCCCUGCAGCAGGACAGCCAGAGCACCCCAGGCCCGGGGAGCUGCCCACGCUGGAAGGGGCCGCAUGUUCUGCACUGACUGGAGGACACGGGCUUGCAGGCAGGCUGGUCGCGCCUCUCCUGGAGUUUCAGAUUCACAUUGUCCUGGUGUAAAAACCGUUUCCUCCUCUGGCCCUCUCAUUGCAGUCACUGGCAGAUGUGUCCCGCACCACAGACGCGCAGAGCUCGGGGUGCGCUUUUCCUUCAGAGAAAGGCCAUCAGCCUGGCAGUUGCGGUUGUCCCGCCUCCAGGGUGACUGUUGUUCUAGUCAGUUCUGCAGGGAUGGGGAGCCGGACUGGGAAGCAGGCAGCCAAGUUCUAGCUCUUCCACGUUUGUGAGCCCCCCACCCCCUUUUCCCAGCUCCACCCUGACCGCUCCCGGACAGGACGUGCCAUCUCCCCUCCCUGGCUGAGGUGAGAGGUAACCGAACGGUGUUUAGAUCUGGAAGCAGGCCCUGCUGGCCGACCCACAGGGCAGGGAUAUGGGGUGCAGUUUUCUUGGAAGGAGCUGUGCGUGCUGCCUGCGGCCACCUGGGCUGCUCCGCUGCACCCGUCAGGAUGGUGGGCACGUGGGGCUCGUGUGGGCAUGCACCCACCCCCACUCGGGUGUCAGCAGCUUUGGACGGAACGGCAGGCUCGGAGUUGAAGUGGGCGACUGCCUGGGAGAGCCCUUCUGCCUCGGAGUGUUGUUUAACUGAAUCAGUUAUUUUCUAGACAUUUCAGAGCAGCAUGUGAGCCGGUUUUAAGGCUCUGACCAAAUACCGUGAAACACGAAGCACAGACAAGCACAAGCCCAUCGGGUCUUUCUGCCAAAACAGACAAGGGGCCCCUCGCAGGGGCCGAGAGAGGCAGAAGCGCCCCACCCCCACCCCCCCGACCCCCAUGUUUGCAGAAACCCUUUGUGGACUGGACUUUUUUCUGAUGUUUUGAUUUGUGUCACUUUUUGAGUGUAAAAUUAAAGAACUUCUGCAUUAA